AUGCCCCUAGUCGGGAAGCACGUCUACCAAUGCUUCAAGAGCUGUACAUUCGUUCCCUAUUUCGACCCCGAUCCCCUGGAGCAGCUCAACGACCACUGCAUAUGUGAACCGCAUCAUCUACCAACUCAUCAACCGCCUACAUCGACGACUUCGAAGCGACCGCCGACGUCGUCUUCUUCUACGAAAAGACCACCGAGGGGGAGAUCGGGAGGAAGCAAACUCAGAGGAUCAAGGUUCCCGUCAAUCGCUAGUCUGUUCGACGAGGGAUUCAACGAGUGGUCUCCUCAAGACGACCACGGUGCCUCGAAGAAGCAGAAUGGUCGGACGACGAUCAGGGGAACGACGACCAGGAGGAAGUCAGAUCGUAAUGCUCCAAACCUUCAAGGAGAAUACACUUCAGAGAGCAACAGGCAGACUCAGAAGGACGGUCAGCCAUUUCGUUUCUAUGAUGAUACGAGCCGAUACAUGGCGGAAUAUCGGGCAAGGCAUACUCAGAGACUGGUUGGGUUUGAUGGAAGCAGUGACCUGGAAGAUCUUACGUUCGGAGAAAACCUUCCCGAUCCCUACAUCUUCAAAACGGCACCAUUUAAGCGAGCUUUCGAGGUCAUGCAGAGUGCAAUGUUGGCUGAACGAAAGCAGGUGUCGAACGGACGAAAGGGCCACGUGUGUCCUAAUCUAAGCCCAACCAACAACGAACGUCACCAAUGGCGUCCAUCUGAUGUCAAACACCUCCCUGGUCUGACCACGCAGCCUAUCUUCGCGACCAACGUCGACGCCGUGUGCGCUGGAAUGCAACAUGUCGGGCAAGACGUCUUCAAACCUAUACCACUGCCUAAGAAACGCCGCCCCGAUAAUAACUCAACGUCCAGUAGCAUACGAUCUCUCGCAUCGCGCCAAAACAAGGCGGAAGAAAAGGCGGCCGCCGGUGAAACUUGAAAUGGCGCUGGCGCAAAGUCGUCUGGCAAUGCGUGAUCGUCUUGACUUCAACGAAGAGCAAUCCAUCCCGUCUCGCAAAUCAUCAUCAUCGUCAAUGCGCAGCCCGGAUAAUCUUUCAAUCAAAACGACCACGCUAUCGACGAUCACGUCGUCAACGGCGAAGUCGAAGGCGGACUGGAUGGCGCUGCCGGUGGACCAAGGAGAAGCGACGCGAACAAUGUUGCUCUUUUUGCAAAAGGCGAGGGGAGAUGUGGACAGAUCGCGGGAGAAGAGGACGCGUAGAACGUUGCCGAACGGAAAGGGCAUUGCCGACGAGACGUCGACAACAGAGAAGCAAAGAUUCACAGCUAUGCUCUGCAGAGAGAGUGAGAAGAGGAGACUCAAAUCAACUGAAACGGUUUGCGAACCAUCUCCACCGGUUGCUGGGCAACUCAAAAGCGGACGGUUAAAGAUGAAGGUGUUUCGAGCCAGCGGGACAGGAGAUAUAAAGCUUGGGGAAGCUUUAAAAGCUGGGAGAUUGCAUGUCACUGUAGGACUAGGAACUUGAAACCCGCUCCAGG